AUGUCAUCUGAUGCUAACAAUUCCUUGGAAACAUCUAAUGAAUUUAAAUCUCGUACAGAAGAAUUAAAAGAAUCAUUAGAUCCAUGGCGUCAUAUUUUAUUACCAAUAAAUAAUCUUCUUGAAUGGAAAAAUAAUUCUUAUCCAUUUAUUAUUAUUGGAAUAAUUACUUUACUUUUUAUGUUUAUUUUUCAAACAAAUCCACCAGUUCUUACACUUUGUAGUUGUAUUAUUUUAAUAAUUGUACUUAUUGAUUUAUUGGUACCAAUUGGUAUUCAUUUUCUUUUUAAAGAUGGAAAUUGGACAUCAUCUAACGAUGUUGAAUAUACGAAAUUAUGUGAACAUAUUGCAAAUUUUGAACAAUAUAUCAAAUAUAUAUGUGAAUAUGCUUUUAAAAUGCGUGAAGAAAGACCAAAAAUGUAUUUAAUGGUUGGUAGUAUAUUUCUUACUUUUAUUGCAUUAUGUAGUCAACGUAUCGAUAAUCUUUCCCUAUGUUAUUUAAUAGCACUUACUGUUAGCUUAAUACCUGGUAUAUGUCAUCGACAAUUAAUUUCAUUAGUUCGUCAGCAUAUAUCAAACUUUUGGAAUAAUAAAAUAAAAAUUCAUUAA